GACUUGUGUUUUUUUUUUUCUAUUUGUUUUCUUCAUUAUAUCUUCCAUUUUUGUACUUUGCUUCAAUCAAUGGCAAUGGCAGCUAUGAAACUCUUCAUCACUCUUCUCUUCUUACUAUGUCUUGUCUCUUCACUCACUUCAGCUACAUCCACCGAUUUCGAUUAUUGCAAUAAAAAGGCCAACUAUGAUGUUAAGGUCAGUCAAAUAGAUAUAACACCUUAUCCUAUUAAGGGAGGUAGAACAACAACAUUCAGUAUUACUGCAGAGACAGGUAGGAAUCUCACUGGAGGAAAGCUGGAGAUUGAUGUCAAGUAUUUCUUCUUAAAUGUCCACCAUGAGGACAUUGACCUUUGUAAAGAGACAUCUUGCCCAGCGUCCGGUGAUUUCGUCAUUUCCCACUCACAAGAGUUGCCUGGAUUUACCCCACCUGGAUCAUACACUCUGACAAUGAAGAUGGUGGAUGAAAAGAAUAAGCAACUGUCAUGCAUAACUUUUAGCUUCAGCAUCAGUUUGUUCGAUGAAUCCGAGGCGUUAUCGGCAUCCAUCUAGCUUGGCAGUCCAAGAACCUAGUGACAAAUAAUGGUUCUCUAGAACUGUUUCUGCUUAAUGUGUAGUAGUACUUGUAUUUUGUGGUAGUACUGUGUGUUUAUGUGGCUUUUUCUUGUACCUCUUAAUACAGUGAUACUUGUUCUGGUUUUUAAUCAGAUAUAUUAUCAAGUGAACUGUGUUUCUUUGUCCCUA